AUGAAGACUUCCGUGGCACUCCAUCACAUCAAGUUGGCACCAGUGUCUGGAGAGAGAGUGGUUAGUAACUUGGCCAGAUUUGUGAUGCUAAUACUGACUCAAAGUUACACGGCUAGUCUAGCGUCACUAUUAACUGUCCAGCAACUCCAGCCUACUGUUUCAGAUAUAAAGGAUGUUCUAAGGAACAGGGAUAACGUGGGCUUCGCAGAGAAUACUUACAUCAACGAACUCUUGAAACAAGUAGGUUUUGAUGAUUCCAAGAUAAAGAUGUUUCGAUCUUUUGAAGAGUGUGAUGAACUUCUUUCAAAAGGAAGUGCAAAUGGUGGUAUUGUUGCUGCUGCCUUUCCAAAGCUUUCUCCUCUUAUACCCGAUCUUUCACAGGCAGUCCUAAACGUGACCCAAGGAGAGGUGAUAAUGAACAUUGAAAACAAAUGGUAUAGUGUAGAAAAGAAUUGUGUAGAUAACUCAAACCCAAGGGUGGCUAGCUACAGUCUUGGCCUUGCUAGCUUUUGGGGCCUCUUCCUCAUUGCCGGCGUGGCUUCAAUACUAGCUCUCAUCAUAUGUGCAGCUUCCUUCCUUCACAAGCAUAGGCACAUCUUGAUGCACCCUGAUGAUUCAAGAGCCUCUGGAUGGAGAAGGAUUCGAGCCAUGUUCAAGAUGUUCAACGAGAAAGAACUCAGCUCUUGUAUGUUUAAGAGCCCUCAACACAGAGAUGGCAUCGCUGGUGCUGGUGGUGAAGUUAAUGCUGCUGCUUCACCAAACAACAACUGGCCAGAAAGUCAAGGCAGCUAUAUUUCGAACCACGCAGACUUUGCAGAGCAAGCAACACCAUCUAAUGGACAAGUAUCUCCAGAAAUAGUUUCAGCUGUUAACCAUGAGUAUCACAAUUGCAAGAACUUGCUGAAGCAGCUUAAUAAUACAAGCCUCCUGGGAAAAGUAGCAUUGUAUAUAACUUCUUUGAAGAAAAAAAGAGUCUCCUGUUUGGCCUGUGGAGGGUCACCUGCCAAUGCCGAACGCAGAAAAAGAGUGACGGCGAAAAACAGAAAAGAACAAAUACAAGGUUUUGAUGACUUCAAGCUUAAGGUUCGAGAAGGAAGGAGACCAGGCAUAGCCUAUGAUGCUGAAAAUUGUGAGGCCAAUAGUGCAGAGGUCAUGCUUAUUGUUCAGAUAACUAGUGAUUUUGAGAGGCUAGCACAAGCUUUUUCUGCAGGAGCUACUGCCAGUUCGCCAUUUUUGCCUCUAACAGCUUUAGUUAUUCAGGAUAGAUUGCAGGAUUGA